AUGCAAAUCCGAAGGACGCCCACUCGACCGCCGAAAGCCGGGCCUCGACACUCUACUUUCCUCUCCCUUUCUCCCUCUUGUAUAUAUCCCCGCCACUCUCGUUACCCUUCAUCUUUUUGGAUAAUGCUUGCCACCUCCCUUGCUCGUCGCUCAGCCCUGGGUGUCACCAAGAACGCCUUCCGUUCCGUGUCGGCUUGGGCUGCUGUUCCCGCUGGGCCUCCAGAUCCCAUUCUCGGUGUUACCGAGGCCUUCAAGGCUGACAAGGACCCGCGCAAGAUCAACCUCGGCGUCGGUGCCUACAGAGACAAGCAGGGAAAGCCCUACAUUUUGCCGAGCGUGAAAAAAGCUGAGGAGCUCGUUCGUACUUCCCUCCCCGACAAGGAAUACCUUCCCAUUACUGGUCUUGCCGACUUCACCAAAAACGCCGCUCUUUUGGCUUAUGGCGCGGACAGCGAGCCUCUUAAGCAGGGUGCUAUCUCCGUCACUCAAUCCAUCUCUGGGACUGGUGCUCUUCGCAUUGGAGGUGCUUUCCUGGCUCGCCAUUACCCUCACUCAAAGGCCAUUUACCUCCCCGUUCCAACAUGGGGAAACCAUAUCCCACUCUUCCAGGACUCUGGACUUGAGGUUCGCGGCUACAGGUACUAUGAUAAGGAUACAGUAGGGCUGGACUUCGAGGGCCUCAAGGCUGAUUUGAAGGCUGCUCCAGAACAAUCCAUCGUGCUCCUCCACGCCUGCGCACACAACCCGACCGGUGUCGACCCUACUCCUGCUCAAUGGGCCGAAAUCUCCGACAUCGUUAAAGAGAAGAAACUCCUCCCCUUCUUCGAUAUGGCCUACCAGGGAUUUGCUUCUGGCAACACCGCUAAGGAUGCCUUCGCUGUUCGCCACUUUGUUUCUCAAGGCCACCAGAUUGCUCUCGCCCAAUCCUUCGCAAAGAACAUGGGUCUCUACGGCGAGCGCAUUGGUGCCUUCUCUCUGACUACUGCCAGCCCUGAGGAGAAGGCGCGUGUUGACAGUCAACUGAAGAUUGUCAUUCGUCCCAUGUAUUCCAACCCACCUCUGCAUGGCGCAAGGAUUGCCAACACAAUCCUCAGCACACCUGAGCUUUACGCUCAAUGGGAGGGUGAAGUCAAGGGCAUGGCCGACCGCAUCAUAAGCAUGCGCGAGAAGCUCUACAAUGCUCUGACCCACGACCUCAAAACGCCUGGCGAAUGGGGUCACAUCAAGAGCCAAAUUGGAAUGUUCAGUUUCACUGGCCUGACAGCUCCCCAGACCAAAGUCCUCGCAGAGAAAGCGCACGUGUACAUGACUUCGAACGGACGUAUUUCGAUGGCUGGUCUCAAUAGCGGAAACAUCGAAUAUUUCGCGGAGAGCGUCGACAAGGCCGUUAGAGGCAAUCUUUAA